AUUUGGAGAUGGAUCAGUGCUAGACCAGGGGGGGAAAAAAGGAGAGGGAGGAAGAAAGAAAGUGCAUGUUUGGAGAUUGUCAGGUAAUGUGAUUGUUAGACAGAGGAAGCCGUAAGGACAGAAGAUCAAUGAACAAUAGAAGAGAAAGGCUUAGUAAUUUAGCUCUAUCGUUUAUGUUUGCCUGGGCAAUGAAAAGAGAGAUAGAAGAAGGGUAACGAAUGAUUGGUGUUGAGAAAUUUGAUUGCAGGUUGAAUCUGGUAUAAAACGCUUCCUAUCGUUCGUAAGUUACUCUUCAUCUUCUUUCCCCGUUCUUUGAGUCUCAUUGUAGAUUUUACACUUCGGAGGUAUGAAAACACGUCCACUUAUUUUGCUUGAUUGGAAAAGUUCGAAGUUAUCUUCAUCAUUUGCAGGUAAAAUUACAUACGGUUGAGGAAUAUGGUCGUUGAUCUGGUACUUUUAAAAACAAACCUUGACACCAAAAGAAAUGUAAAGCGCCUAAAAUAUCAUUCCAAAGUGUGUCAAGUUUUGCAUUUUUUGUCUAACUUAUGUCAUUCGUUAAGAUUAGGAGAAGUACUACAAAUUAGGGGGAGAAGCAAGCUGACAAGCAUUCGAAGACAACAAGAGCUAGGUAGAGGCAUUAGGCAAGCGAAGUCUGAAGGCAGCAGCUUACAAAUUGCUCUUCGAAAAAUCCUUACAAUGGCUUUCCUCUGGUUUUAAUUGGGACUCCCGCAAGUAGGCGCUUGAAUCGGUCUUCCAAAAUUAGUCGAAGUAAGCGUAAGCUGAUUUGGACACCUGAUUUAUAAAACAGAAGGGGAAAUUCUUUAUAUUGACAAACUGCACGCAAAGCACGUGCACCGCCCUAAAAUAGCCAUUAUAAAUUCCCUAACGUCUCCAAACUUUGAUCACCACCCUAACCACUACCAUCAACUCCCAAUGGAGGCACCUUCUUGGGCUGUUCAAGCCUUAACAUGGCUAGCUUUAAUUGCCCUUUUCCAUUACCUCACCACCACCGUCAGCCGCCGCCUCCGCCGCCACAAACAAACACAUCCGCCUGGCCCCAAGCCAUGGCCAAUCAUAGGCAACUUAAACUUGGUAGGUUCAGUUCCCCACCAAUCCUUCCAUCACUUAUCCCAAAAAUAUGGCGAAAUAAUGCAACUCAAAUUCGGCUCGUUCCCCAUUGUGGUCGUCUCUUCUCCCGAAAUGGCAAAGGAAAUCUUGCAAACACACGACCACAACCUCGCUUCUCGGCCCGCACUCGCGGCCGGCAAAUACACAAGUUACAACUUCUCUAACAUGUCAUGGGCCCCUAACGGGCCCUACUGGCGUCAAGCCCGAAGAAUCUACCUCAAAGAGCUUUUAAGCCAGAAGCGGAUCGACUCCUACGGGUACAUUCGCACGGAGGAAAGGCACGCUCUGAUGUCGCGCCUUUAUGCCCUCUCGGGAAAGGAAACCGUAAUCAGGGAAGAAUUGGUGCGUUUCACGCUAACGAAUAUAACCAGAAUGACAUUGGGAGGGAAGUACUUUUACGUAUCGGAAUCGGAUCGGUCUUUUUCGAAAGUAAAGCUGGAAGAGCUGAAGGAGAUGGUGGACGAUUGGUUUUUGCUUAAUGGGGUGUUCAAUAUUGGGGAUUGGAUACCAUGGCUUAGUUUCUUGGAUUUGCAGGGUUAUGUGAAGAGGAUGAAGGCUCUGCACAAGAAAUUCAACAGGUUUCAUGAUAUUGUGAUAGCUGAUCACAAGGCCAAGAGGGAAGCUGAUAAGGAUAGUUUUGUAGCCAAGGAUAUGGUGGAUGUUGUUUUGCAACUGGCUGAUGAUCCAAAUCUUGAGGUUAAGCUAAAGAUUGAUGGUGUCAAGGGCUUAUUACAGGACCCAAUAGUUGGUGGAACGGAUACAUCAGCAAUCGCAGUGGAAUGGGCAAUAUCUGAGCUCCUAAAACAACCACAACUCCUCCGAAAAGCAACAGAAGAGCUAGACGGAGUCAUUGGAAGAGAUAGGUGGGUGGAAGAGGACGACAUCCCAAACCUUCCCUACAUUGGUGCAAUAGUAAAGGAGACUUUGAGGAUUCACCCAGUUGGUACGCUCCUCGCACCUCAUUUUUCCACCGAAGAUUGCAAAAUCGCCGGUUACGAUAUCCUCAAAGGAACAACUGUGUUUGUAAACGCGUGGAGUCUAGGCAGAGAUCCUAGAUAUUGGGAGGCACCAGAAAAGUUCCUACCAGAGCGGUUUUUCGAGAAAAAUAUAGAUGUGACAGGGCACCAUUUUGAGCUAUUGCCUUUUGGUUCAGGCCGAAGGAUGUGCCCUGGCUACCGGCUUGGACUAAUGUUGGUCCAGUCGACCUUGGCUAACUUGGUACACGGAUUUAGUUGGAAAUUACCUGAUAAUGUGAAGCCGGAAGAUGUGGAGAUGGAGGAAGAAUUUGGACUGACUACGCAUAAGAAGAUCCCGAUUGUUGUCGUCAUUGAGCCUCGACUUUCUGCGCACCUCUAUGUUUAGUUGUGUCUUAAGAAUUUGAUUUGGUGAUUCACUAAAUUGUUGUUGAUGUAAUUUCACUUGCAAUAUUAUCGAAGUUGUGCUGCUGUAUUUUGGCCAUGUUCCGCUAAGGGAAAUAAGUACUUAUAUUGUACUGUAUUUCGGUCCAUUCAAAUAAAUACUUAUUUUUUAAA